CUCACGACCCAUCCACGACAACAUCGACCACAGCAUCUCGACAUACCUUCCGUCAAGAUGGCCAGAGAGACCCCACGCAGCGGCAUUGCCGUCGGACCUAACAAGGGCCACAAAACCGAGCGUCGUGCUGUCCGCGCGAAGCCAUCGAAGACCAAGGGUCACUUGAGCAAGCGCACCGCUUUCGUCCGCGAGAUCGUCAAGGAGGUUUCUGGCCUCGCCCCAUACGAGCGCCGCGUUAUCGAACUCCUCCGCAACAGCAAGGACAAGCGUGCCCGUAAGCUGGCAAAGAAGCGUCUUGGUACCUUCGGCCGUGCUAAGGCCAAGGUUGAUGAGCUCCAGGGUGUCAUCGCCGAGUCCCGCCGUACCGCUCACUAAAUGCAUCAUGGUGCGUUUGGGCAAGUUUUGGGACAGGGAGUGAUGGUGUACAAUGGGCGCCAAUGCAUGGCUGGAUGAAAAUCUCUGCGAGAGUAAAAAGCCGGACAAAUAUAUAGCUGGCAACUCGACCGAGGUUUCGGGCAAUGAAUCACAACUUGAUACCAAUCUGCAGGACUUUUAUGGUGCAGGACUUCUAUGGUUGACGCUCAAGUGAAUUGUGACAUUUCAACUCAUACUAAAAUUAUAUACCUCUGAAACGCCUCGCUAUGAGCCUCUUAACUAAUACCAAUGCAAUUCCUUCAAAGCG